GGUUAAAAUCCCAAUGAUAAUCACAUCAACAUAAUCAUCAUGCUAAUGGAUUGCAGAAAAUAUUCCAAAACUGUGGGGCAAUAUAAUGUUAUUAACAUGAUUAAUGCGAGGAGGAAAUAAUUCGACUGGUCUGUUAAUCGACCAGCGUAAGCGCUACAACCAUCUAAAGGCGCGCUUUUCGAGCACCAACACUCGCGCGUUGAGUCGCUGGGUUCUCAAGAAAAAAGAUCCAAAGCAACAUGCAGCGAGUUGGAUGUGAGCCAGACAGGAGAGUUCAGAAUGAGAACGGUGAAAAUGGUUGGCCCUUGCUGUCCAGUGCGCAUGUUGAGAUUGAGGCGGCGGGUACAGAGAAUGAAGGGGGUAGGCGCUGUAAGGUGACGACGAUGGUGCUAUGGCUGUUGCGGUUGCUAGCCUUGCUGAGUCUGCUGUACAUGUUUGUGUGCUCGCUGUCACUGCUGACAUCAGCAUUCCGACUGCUCUGUGGUAAACUAACAGGAAGUGUGUUCUCAAACUCCUCACUGCUCCAGAACCCCGUGACCGGAUUGAUGAUAGGUAUCCUAGCAACAGUUUUAGUGCAGAGCUCCUCAACAUCAACUUCCAUUGUAGUUUCCAUGGUUGCAUCAGGAGUCAUUACAGUACAGAAUGCAAUACCUAUAGUCAUGGGUGCAAACAUCGGCACCAGCGUCACCAACACAAUUGUGUCAAUGGUUUCCCUGAAAGACAGACAGCAGUUCGAGAGAGCAUUUGCUGGCGCCACCGUCCAUGACAUGUUUAACUGGUUGACUGUCAUCAUCUUGCUGCCUGUGGAAAUUGUGACAGGUUAUCUCUUCCGCCUUACGCAAAGUAUCAUCAGCACCAGUGACCUUCACACCUACAAGACAGGCAAGAAGGACAUGCUCAAGGUCAUCACACGACCUCUCACUGACCUCAUUGUCCAGGUUGACAAGAACGUAAUACUGAAAAUAGCAGAGGGAUGCACGGAAUACAAGAAUAAGAGUUUGCUGAAGGAGUUUUGCAGCUUCCGUGAUGUGACAACAGCAAUGAAUGUCACCCAUGGCAAUGGAACAGUUACAGAGCUUCAGAACACACAGGAAGUGACAGUGGAGAAAUGUUCUGCCCUCUUCAGUCAUCUGGGCCUCACUGAUAUACAAGCAGGUAUAAUACUCCUAGUUGUCUCCCUUGUUCUCCUCUGUGGAUGCCUGGUUGCCAUGGUGAAACUGCUCAACUCCAUCAUGAAGAACCAUGUUGCAACAGCAAUAAAGAAAAUGGUGAACGCUGACUUUCCUGGGAAGUGUUCCUUCCUGACUGGCUACGUCGCCAUCUUGGUCGGUGCUGGUCUCACCGUCGUCGUACAAAGUAGUUCUGUCUUCACGUCAACACUGACACCGCUGGUGGGCAUCGGAGCUCUCAAACUUGACCGUAUGUACCCUCUAACCUUAGGAUCCAAUAUUGGAACCACUGCUACCGCCAUUUUAGCAGCUCUUGCAUCCCCACCAGAGAGACUUCAGACAGCCUUACAGAUAGCACUGUGUCAUUUCUUCUUCAAUGUCUCAGGGAUCUUGAUAUUUUAUCCCAUUCCCAUACUAAGACGAGUUCCUCUGAGGUUGGCCCGAUUUCUAGGUAAGACGACAGCGAAGUAUCGGUGGUUUGCCCUGUUUUAUCUUUGUUUCAUGUUUGUCCUCGUGCCGCUGUGUGUGUUUGGGUUGUCCUUUGCCGGAUCAACCGCCAUUAUCUCUGUUUUGUCUGUCGCAGGCCUUGUGACCUUGUUUAUCAUCAUCAUUAGUAUCAUGCAAAAGAAACGUCCAAAACUGUUGCCAAAGAGUAUGCAGACUUGGGACUUCCUUCCCAAGCCCCUGCGCUCAUUAGAACCAUAUGAUGAUAUUAUCCAGACAACUGGUUAUGCUAUCACAGGGUGUUGUAAGUGUUGUGUUGCUUGUGAGAAAACAGAGUCAGUAGAUACAGAAUCACUUGACCUGACCUUGACCUCAGGGUCAAGCUCACCCAAUAGCAGUUGGUCAUCUACUUCGUCUUCUGACAGUACAGACUCUGCAGCAUCUGUGACAUCAUCCACACCAUUGAUUGUGUAGUCGUAUAGGGUUUGUGGUAAUAUCAGUUGGGUAAUUGAGUGUCUUGAGAGGUUAUGACUGCCAUGUAGGGAGGUUAAUGUGGAAAUUUAUGCUGGUCUGCUAGCCCGAGACUACUUAAUUGUGCCAGGGACAAGUAAAUAUCCAAUGAUGGUAGUUCUUAUUGAGUAGAAGCAUUUGAGGGCUAUAAUUCCGAACCUGUCCUCAGUGCUUUAUUUUUGCUAAAACUUGGAACGGAAUAAAAGUGACUGAAAAUGUAAUCAUAGUAAACAUUUCUGUCACGUUCAAGCCGGACUCGGGGAUUUAUCAUCUUGACAAUAUUUGGCCGCAAGUCUGCAGCAGUUGGCAGUAAAAAUGUCCAAAUGUGAAUGACAAAGUUACGUGAACGUUAUUAUAACUAAUGUGAUGGCUAAGACCCAAAAGAAGAAAGAGGCUUAAUUUAAAUUCUUGAAUUGAAUGCAUUUUUAGAAUGCAAUGUUAAAAUCCCUCUGAAAAUAAGAAUUUUAAGCUUUCUUUCCAAAUUUAAGUCUAAAAGUAUUUUUUGACUUUCAAGAUUGUAUCAUGUUUCAAAGUAUUUUGCAAGCAAAUUAUUGUUGAUAAGUUGCUUGAUCUGUCAAUUGUGUUUCAUAUAUAUUUUAUUCAUCUUCUAACGCAAGUAUGGUCCUCGUCACUUGAAACAGAAUCAUGAAAUAUCGUGAUGAUUAAUUAACGAAGAUGGCUACAUGAGCAGUAAUAUUUAUCAAGGGGAAACUGUUUGUGUCCUGGCGGCCACCUAUUUUUCGAUGCCUGUGUCCUCCACAUGACUGUCUUCUGUGUCUUUACCUAGCAGACUGGUUGAAUGCUUGACCAUAUCUCGAUCUCGACACCAGAUAAAGUAGAAAAUAUGACAUUUCUUCAGGCAGCUUUUGCCAUGUGCUCACACUGGAUGGAUGUUUUAUAACUUCACUGUGCAUAACAAGAGCAUUAUCCCGCGAUAUGCCAAGGAGAGGCAUGGGCCACCGAGCCGUGGAUGCCCGUGCCUAUAAUAAAAACAGAAGAUGAGAUUGGGUUAAAUGGCCGAGGGUGUGCAGGUACUAGUGGGCUACAAAGCUGCUAAUUGUGUAUACCAAAAUGCUACCGUUGCCAUGGCCACUAGCGUGGCCAACGGCGAUUGCAGCUAGCGCUGCUGGUCUGAGACUGCUACCGCUGUCCGGCCCCCACGGUAGCAUAUUUAAACGCUACCAUUGCUUGGCAACUCCCACGCUGCCAAAAGCAGCUCCCCGCUGCUGGCCUAAGUCAGAUUACCGCAGCCCGGCCCCAGGUAGGCGGCCAAAGCAGAUCCCACUGCCCGGCCCCAUUAGUAAAACCAUUGUGCGACUACCGCAGCGGACCCAACUGUCAGCUACCGCUUGACAAGACGACUUCCGCCGCCGGGCCCAUAUACGUGGCAAUUGUUUGCCCCAACGUAUGUUAUUUUACGAUUCCCCGGCUGAAAAGUCGGGAAAGACAAGGU